UUUGAUGUUUUCAUAUCAUUCAUAAAUUUUGCACAAAAAAGAAAAGAAACAAAUCGAAGCAAUGCGCACAAAUUCUGCAAAUAUCUAUACAAAAUUACUGGAUUAAAUAGGACCAAAUUAGCCUUCUUGCAUUUGCCUUGCGAUCAGUCGCUGCACCACCAAUAACAACAACAAUAAUCAGGAUACAACAACACAUAGCAACAACCUGCAAAUUCCAACAACAACAACCAACAACAACAGCAACAGCAACAAUAACAACAAGCAUACACCAGACAGGCAUCAUCAUCGUUGGAAAUAGACCUCGUGUCAUUCCAAAAGACGCACAUGGGCGUCUGCACCGAGGAGCGCCCUGUGAUGCAUUGGCAGAGCGCAAGAUUUCUUGGGCCCGGCGCAAGGGAGAAAAGUUUAACACCACCUGUAGCACAUCAAGGGAGCAAUCAGUGCGGCAGUGCUGCAGGUGCAAAUAAUAAUAAUAACAACAACAACAAUAAUAACAACAAUCACCAUCAUCAUCAUCAUCAUUCAUUGUUUCGCACAUGCUCGACAUCAUCGUGCCCAGAUAUUUGUGAUCAGAGUACAAAGCCAUUUGGCAAUGCAUACGGCAGCGAGUCAUAUAGAAGCUAUGAGACCGCCGAUCGCGCCACGUUUGAGGACUCAACGGCCAAGUUCUCAAUUAGCCGCAGUCGCACGGAUUGCACGGAGGUCAGCGAUGAGACCACAUCGGGCAUAUCAUUUAAAACGGAACCCUUCGGUCCACCCAGCAGUCCCGAAUCCACCAACGAUAGCAAAAUAACCCGCAAUCCAGACGAUUGCGCCGGCUGCGGCCGACAAAUACAGGAUCGUUUCUACCUCUCCGCUGUGGAAAAACGCUGGCAUGCCAGCUGCUUGCAGUGUUAUGCAUGUCGCCAGCCUCUGGAACGGGAAUCCUCAUGUUAUUCACGUGAUGGCAACAUUUAUUGCAAAAACGAUUAUUAUAGUUUUUUUGGCACACGCCGCUGUUCCCGCUGCCUGGCAUCGAUAAGCUCCAACGAGCUGGUAAUGCGCGCUCGCAAUUUAGUUUUUCAUGUUAACUGUUUCUGCUGCACCGUCUGCCAUACGCCCCUAACCAAGGGCGAUCAAUAUGGCAUUAUCGAUGCGCUUAUCUACUGCAGAACCCACUAUAGCAUAGCGCGCGAGGGGGACGCAGCAUCGUCGACCAGCAUGAGCGCCACAUAUCCUUAUAGCACACAAUUCGGUUCGCCGCACAAUGAUUCAUCGAGUCCGCAUUCGGAUCCCAGUCGCAGUAUUGUUCCUACGGGCAUUUUUGUGCCCACUUCGCAUGUCAUCACGGGCUUGCCGCAGCCGGCACGGCAAAAGGGGAGACCGCGCAAACGCAAGCCAAAGGAUAUCGAGGCCUUUACAGCUAAUAUAGAUCUCAAUACGGAAUAUGUGGACUUUGGUCGUGGCAGCCACAUGAGCGCCUCGUCGCGAACCAAGCGCAUGCGCACCUCGUUCAAGCACCAUCAGCUGCGCACCAUGAAGUCCUACUUUGCCAUCAAUCACAAUCCCGAUGCAAAGGAUCUGAAGCAAUUGUCACAGAAAACGGGCCUACCAAAGAGAGUGCUGCAGGUUUGGUUUCAAAAUGCUCGAGCCAAAUGGCGUCGCAUGAUGAUGAAACAGGACGGCAGUGGGCUGAUGGAGAAGGGCGACGGCACCUUGGAUCUGGAUAGCAUUUCGGUGCACAGUCCGACAUCGUUUAUGAUGGGCGGACCGAACAGCACGCCACCGCACAAUCUCGACUAACAGCUGUUGGAGAGGGAGCAACUGAACGCAACGGCGGCGGCGGCCGCAACGGCUGCUGCUGCGGCGGCGGCGGCGGCUGCGGCUGCCUACUCCAUAGAGCUGCAAUUGUUGCAGGCGAGCGGCAAUGGAUCGGCGGCUCUGUUAACGUUGGCGGAUCUGUUCAAUGCCAGCAAUGAAUAGCUUCAAAUUCAAAUAGAAAUACUCAAAAAUAAAAAAUAAAAA